CACCCGUGCCGCUUUGAGCCUGGGCGGCCUUGUUCUUCAAGAUUCACCCAGGUCCACUUCGUGCGACCGCAUCACAACUUUCCAUUUUCCGUCCAAAGCAUACCACAAGCCCAUAUUGUCAAAAUGACUAGAUCAACUUCACGUCUUCUCCUUCUCACAUUUUAUUCAUGUCUCAUUGCUCCUUCUCUCGCCACCCAAUGCUACUAUCCAGAUGGCACAUCGGCACCGGCAAGAGAAAACUACGUAGCCUGUGAUGCCGCUUCAAGUGACGGCUUCAGCACCUGCUGUGGCCCCGAGGACGCGUGCACAACCAAUGGCUUUUGCAAAUGGUCGGGUUUCAAGGCCAAUAAUCUGCUUUGGAGGAAUGGUUGCACCGACCCGAGUUUCAAUUCUCCAAAUUGCGCGAAAUACUGCACAAAAGACCCAGCGACGGGCAAGAAAUAUGACACGAGCCAACUCCUAUACGCCUGCUCCGAGACGACAUACUGCUGCUCCGCUUGGCGAGGUACUCCGGUCCCUGUGUAUGGUGGUAGCACCGUCAGCAACUACUCUUGCUGUAAUGAUCCGAGCCAGGUGUUCGAUGCUGGGCCGGCUAAUUUCUUGAGUAUUGCUGGCUUCACUACUUCGAUGUUUCCUGCAACGGCGACCGGUGUCGUGAGCACUCGGAUACUAGCGACAAUGACGGCCGUUACCACAGCCUUGACAUCAUCGUCAUCGUUCAACUCGUCCACGGUUAUCAUGGCAUCAACCGCAUCAUCAAACUCGUCGAUCGCACUCGCGGGCAAAUCAGCAACUUCAUCCUCGCCGUCUUCAACACAGGGCGCGUCAAACUCAUCGCAGCAGCAACAAGAUGCCGCCAAAACAUCGAGUUCUGAUCUUAGCACCGCUGCGAAAGCGGGAAUCGCAAUCGGAGCCGUAGCCGUCGCCAUCCUCACCAUCAUAGCUGCUGCAUGGCUGAUGCUGAAGUACCGGCAACAGAGGCUACAGACCCAAGCUUCCCACAAUGAGGUCGUAGAGAAGAGAACACAAAGUCCUUCUUCCUCGUUUGACGGAGUAGUCCCGUGGCAGGCGCAAGAACAGCAAAGAUCCGUCACCGCGACUACAUACGCACACGAAAUAGGAGACGGCGAACUGAAUGAAUUGUACGCGGGUGCGGGCCGGCCGAAUGAGUUGGCGACGGAGACGAGGCCGAAAGAGCUGGACGCAAACAGAUUCUCCGUACGAAGAGAGUUGCCUUGAUUGUUGAUGGGAUUGUGUGUAAAGAAAAGAACAGUAGAUGCAGCGGAAUCUGCGAUGCACUACCUUGCCAUGUAUGAUAUGAGCAUUGGAAACCUCUACGGAGAGUCUCUUAGGCGACGGCUUCUCGUGCCGAAAGUUUCCACGAAUGUAUGAUCUCAAAUGAGUGUGGACGUGACGAAGCGUACUCCAUGAUCCCGAGGCGGCUGAAUUGAUAAUCCCGGAGCAUACGGAACACAGGCGAAAUAAAGAUGAGAAGUUGGAGAUUGAUUCCACAAUCGACUCAGCGCAGAAGAAUUCUCAGGGAGGAAUCAGUUGCUCUGACCGAGAAGAUCUAUAGAAGCUAGGCAAUUUAUAGACUUGAUAUGCAUACUUCUCCCC